CUGGAGAAUUCCAUGGCUGAGACUAGGCUCCGGGUUCCGGACCUAGGAGCUUCCAGUUGGCUGGGAAAAGGCCAGAAGAGCUCACCAGGGGCUAGGAGGAAGCCCUUUUCUGGAAAGUCAUUUUACUUGGAUCUGCCUGCUGGCAAGAAUCUCCAGUUUUUGACUGGGGCCAUCCAGCAGCUGGGCGGGGUAAUUGAGGGCUUUCUGAGCAAAGAAGUAAGUUACAUCGUGUCCAGCCGCAGGGAGGCGAAGGCAGAGAGCAGUGAAACAAGCCACAGAGGCUGCCCUAGCCCCAGCGAAGGCAGAGCGGAAACACCAUCCUUGGCCAGUCCAAAAGAAAACCCUGCCACAGCCUUACAUAAACCUGUAGACUUGGUGCCUAUGAGCAGAGGGAAGGAGCUGCUGCAGAAGGCCAUCAGAAAGCAGGGGAGCAGCAGCGGAGGAGGCAGCGGGGGCAGCAGCAACCUCCUGACCAAUGCCUGCUCAUGGGGAGUGAGGAUUCUACAUGUGGACGAAAUGAUGGUGCAUGUGCAGCAGCUGUCUCUUGGUGCUCUGUGUGUGAAGAAACCAGAAGCAAAGAAGACAGAGGGAGCACGUCCAGCAGUGUCAAGAACGCGGAAAGUGGCCAGACUGAAGGCACCAUUCCUCAAGAUUGAAGAUGUGAGCAGGAAGUUUCGUCCUGUCCACCAUCAGUUUAAAUCCUUUCCUGAAAUUUCUUUUAUGGGACCCAAAGAAGCAAGUCCCUUUGAGGCCCCAACAACCCCGGGCAGCUCACGCCAUACCAGAGAACCCAAGGACCCAGAGCCAAGCCCAAGGUCGACUGCCCACACUGUGCCUAGGAGGAAGAACGGGUACUGUGAGUGCUGCCAAGAGGCCUUUGAGGAGCUCCACGUGCAUCUCCAGAGCGUGCGGCACCGGAGCUUUGCCCUAGAAGCCCGUCCGUAUGCAGAAGUCGAUCGAAUCAUCGCCCAGCUCAGCCACAGCUUUGCUGCCCAACCCAGAAGGCCCAGCUCCUGGACUUCAGAUUGUGACCCUCUCUGCCCUGAGACUUCGCAGCCCCAUCAGCCCACCUUCCCCAGGGCAGCUUCUCCCUGGGUGAAGAAAACCAACCACCUGACCCCAGGAGCCCCAGAGCAGGAUGGGACUGUAGACAGCGUGACAUCACCAACUGUACCAACCGGGACUGGUGAGCUAUCCAGACCAGUAGCAAGCGGCCUGGAGCAGCAGGGGUCAACUGAUGCCUUUGAGGAUUCUUCCGGGACCCUGGAGUGCAGGAGCCCUGCAUGCCAGUGCCUACUGACUGACUCUGGUUUUCCGGACCUCUUCUCUGGCCCAGACCUGGCACUUGUUGGCCACAAGCGAAAGGUUCCAUCCCCCCUUGGCAAUGCUGAGAAGAAGCCAGGGAACUUCUGGCCACAGAUUCCUUCCUUGGUUCUGAGACCCUCCAGACCCUGUGGAACCCAGACCACCUGUGUCGGGCAUCUCCCCUCCCUUCCCCUGCCAGGCCAUGAGGCCAGGGCCCUGGCUACCCUCCUGCCCUUGUGCCACCCACUGACCUGCCUCUCCCUCCCAGACCCCUCUCCCUGGCUGCCCACAGACAGGGCAGCAGAAUCCUGGACUGCACAGUCACCCUGGCCAGGGGGAGGAUGGCCCCCAGUAUUGGAGGGUCCUGAGCAAGUAGCCCCUGGCCCUGCCUCCUUGCAGGCUGAACAGCCCCCGAGUGGCUCGGCAGCUCCAGGCCUGCUGUCUACCCACAUGCCCUCAGUUCCCUGCAUGCAGCUCCCAGAAGGGCCUGCAGAGAGCCACUCUACCUCUGUCUCCCACCUUGUGCCCACCAGUGGAGAAAACAACCACUCCUGA